AUGUGGAGAUUAUCUUUACUGAACCAAGCCAUAGCGAAAGGUGUUGAUUUGCAGCAGCCCACAUCGCAUGAUCCUAAGCCUCCUGCGGAAACCCUAGCUGCGCGAGAUACUUUGUCGCAGCCUGCGAAAACCCUAGCUGCGCGAAUAAAAGGUUCGACGUCUGGUUUAUCUGCGGCAGAGAAGGAAACCAUUAUGAUUGAUUUGCAGCCAUCCCCUGAAAGAAAUGAGAACGAGAUUGAUGUAGUUAAUGUGCAUAACUCUAUUCCGACUCCAACUACAAACAGAUUCUCGGCGCUGCAAGAUAUGUGUGAUGGUGAAGUUGAUUUGCUAGUUGAGACUGAUGACGAAGUUGAAAAUGUGUAUACAGAAGGUAAUGAUGUUCAGGGUGAUAAGCCAGCUGCUCUGAUGAAUGAACCAGCUCCAGUAGCGAUAACUAUAAUGGAUGAAAAGUCCGCUGCUCCCUCAAAUGAAUUGAUUACUGAUGAUGUUUUAGCAAGCAUGUCGCAGCUGGUAGUUGGUAAGUUCCCUGAUGACUCAUUCAAGAUGGAAAGUCAAGAUGAUAAUGUGGACCAAGAGGAUGAAGGUCGGUGGUCAGAAGGUGAAAAAGAUGUUGUGCUAAUAACUCAAAAUGAGCAAGGGGAACGUUCUGUCAAGAAGAAGCGUAGCCGACAAAUGAAGGAGGCUCGUGCUAAACUGUUGGAAGGGGCUGAGUUGCGGCGGUGCCUUCGACUUCAGUAG